GAAACACAUGUGAAGGGCAUUACACAUAGUUUCGUUGCAACUAUUUUUCUCGCUUGCAGAUAUAUACUUUCACCACACUGUAUUCUAAUAAUAGACAACUUUCUUUUGAUUUCUGUUAAAUAAGUUGUCAUAAUAAAUCAAAAAUUACAAAAAUAUAUAUUUUUCACGUCUGUAUGCUGGCACAACAAUAACAUCUUUAAAAUAUACAUUUAUAUGAAUAAAUACUAAAAUAUGGGUUCCUAUAUUGAAACAACUGAGAAUAAAACACCGCCGGUGUUUCCAAGAGCCUUGGAACCCUACGAAAUCAGACCCGUGGCAGAUGAGUUGGGGCUGACAAGUACAGAGAGAAAAUCACUACAAAAUGGUUGGACUAUAAUUAAACAAAAGCAACGCCGAGCAGCGCUCAAUAUCUAUGUAAAUUUCUUCACCGAACAUGAAGAUCUUUAUGAAAUAUUUCGCUUUAACGAUGUAUUGGACAUUGAGUUCGCCAGUCAACAUCAAAAGGAUGUUCUCGCCGUUUUCCAAAUGAUCAUCGAACAGUUGGAUAAUUCACGCUUCGUCAAGACUAUGAUGAAAGAGCUAGCUCUUAGACAUAGAGCUGCCUCUGUCAGCGGUACAAUGUGGCAGCUGUAUACAAAUGAAGUAAAACUUUACUUUUUGAAGACCCUGAAUGAUGCCCUUUCACCAACAUUUGUUCACGCCUUAGAUACAUUAAUUAAUUAUAUCUGCGAUUUUAAUGAAUUCAAUGAGUCCAAGGAUGACCAGAGCCAACAACAAGAUCUGGACAAAGAAUGAUUGAUAAAUUUAAAUUUGAGAUGUAAAUUCAUGCAUAUUUGUAUGUGUGUAAAUAUAUUUUUAAGACUUUUUUAAGAAAAUAUAUAUCUUUUAAGUGAUGCAUACUAUAAUUCUCUACUCUAUUAUAACUUCAAAUUUGGCAACACUUCUUUGCAUUUAAACUCGAUUUAUUUUAAUAUUUGCAACUCAGAAAAAAUCAUCUAAGAGCUAAAUAAAUAUAUUUAAAAAACAAAUAAACAUUAUUAUAUUUGAAAUGCUUAAAA